AUGCCUCGUCCACAUCAAGUACCAAACCCACCACCUCGUCUGUUCUUUCCCGGACCAAAUCCUUCUGUGCCCCAGCCCGCCAACCCAGACUACCGCAAAUCGGCACUUCAUCAAGCCCAUUUGCGUAGCCCCGUUCUUGUUCCGAAGACGCCUGACACCUCGAUUUCUCCCGUAUCUAACGAACACUACCGUCGCGUUGUCGGCUUUGCUCUUCCGCCUUACCGGCUGGCAGUCAAGCCUGUUCAAGAAAUUUCUUUUCAACUAACGCCCCAAGCGAUUGGACGACUCCUAAAGGUCAAAGUGGGCGCCAACGGCGACCCUCCAGCUGGCGAGGUCGACGUCAACUCCAUCACCCUGAGACUUAGGUGUUGCGAAGUCGCGCCGUCUCAACCCCUCCCCGCCGAGAACAAAUGGGUCCUCCUCGACGGCAGCUGGCCGAUGCAGGCCUACUUCACAGUCAACCAGAAUCCGCUCGAGCCAAGACGCAAACUCCAUCAUGGCAAAUGCCUCCCUAUCGACAUCACACGUUGCGUUAGUGCGGAUUCGAACAAACUCGUUGUGAGAAUCAAUCGAUCAAAGUACGAUAAAUCGCCCUUCAACUACGCAGUCGCUAUCGAGGUCGUCGGUUUUACCACUGGUAACAGUAUUAAAGAGGAUUGUAUGAAGCGUCUUAUUCCUAGCGAGCAGGUUCUGGAUGCCAUCAAAAAGUCUCUAGUCAGUAAUGACGAUGAUCUUGUCAUGCAGUCGAACUUCACUCUGCAACUCUACGAACCCUUUUCCAACGCCAAAAUCUUCGACCUUCCAGUUCGUAGUCAAGACUGCAUGCACAAGCAAGCUUUCGACCUUGACGUUUUCUUGGAAACUCGACUCGAGCAAAAGUCACAGUCGCGUAAAGGGCGCAUAAGCAAGAUUGACGCAUGGAGAUGUCCCAUCUGCAGAGCCGACUCCAGACCACAGAGAUUGGUAGUCGAUGGAUUCUUAAUGGCAGUCCGUGAGAGUCUUGCCGCAAGGAGCAUGCUAAAGACGCGUGCUAUCAACGUCGAAAGUGACGGCUCUUGGACGCCCGUACAUGAAGCUCUCGAUGAAGAGAGUGAAGAUGAGGCAACCCCAGCACCAAAGAAGAACAUCGAAAUCAUCGAAAUUGACGAUUAG